GGUACGAGGCUGUAAAAGAAAUGCAAAUUCCUACGUAAAAAUUUCUGCUAUUCUCUGUACUCUGCUACAUUUUAGUUGAUACAAGGGAAAAUGAUUCGAAAGAAGUGUAAAAUUAUCGCAUUCGCUGCAAAGGCGCUACAAACAAAGACUAAUUUCUCAUCGUAGAUCCUCGCGAAGAUCAAGCAGAAUCCAAGAUGGCGGACUCACCGGGUACAUCUGGAAGCAAUCCAGUCAAAAAGGCAUCUAGUUCAGCUUUUAUUCCUUCUGAGUUGACAAGACCAGCGCAUUUGGCACGGAUUGGCAAUCGAAAGAGUCAAAUGAAAGGGCUCCCGAGACAAAAGAAACUAGAAAAACUUGCAAGUUACUCUCAGUGUAAGGGUGACAAACUUUGCAAAUGCACUGGAUGGAGAAACUCCGCCUCCGCUCCUGGUGGUAACCAAACGACUGCUGAAAAUGAUAACUCCCAAUGUCGAAGCUGUAAUCACUCUCUUGCAAGUCAUCUAUCCACUUUGGAUGGCAAACCUGACGAGGAACUUGACAAUGUCUUGUCAAUUGUGGUUGAUGUAGAAACACUGUAUGUUUGUGUACAUAAUGAGAAAGAUGAAGACACAAAGAAACUAUACACUGGUUUAUUCAAAUUACUUCGAAAGUGUGUAUUUCAAGCCGUUUAUAUGAAGCCAUCCGUUGCCCUAAUGGGAAAUCCGCCGUUUGAGAGCCCAAGUAUUGAAAAUGCAAUCUUCAAGUUCCUUCAUAUGAAGUAUGAGAACAGCGAAGACAAACAGAUGAUGCAUGAUUUAGCCAAAAUGUUUAUCCACUGCCUCAAUAAUUGGACGUUAGAUACUCCGUCAUCAAGGAAGGAACAAGGAUACAGCGGUGAAGAAAACAAUUUUUACAAAACCAAUUAUUCGAGGUGGUUAUGUUUUUGCCGAGUACCUGUUUUUUGUAACACUUUAACAAAGUACAAUCUUUCGCAAGUUUUCGGAAGGAGCUUCUUCCAAGUGGUGUUACCCUCGGUUGGCAGACAAAUACUGGAUAAGUUCUCAGCUGAUAGAGAGAAACUUACUGCAGAGAAACGUGCCAUUCUUAUCACGCACUUUCCAAGAUUUCUUAAAGAUCUAGAAGAAGAUGUUAUGCAAAAUGAUAGCGUUAUCUGGAUGCAGGAAAUUGAAAUCAAAAAGGAAAUGGAAGUUGCGCCAUCAUCUCCUCAAAGUACGAACGAUACAAGUGUGGACAGUGGUUUGUUGAGCCCUCGGACUUUGUCAUCCUUUCAUCUGGCCGCCCCAUCGUCUGCGGGUCACGAUUUGCACAACAACAAAAGACCGCUAGAUUCUGGAACUCCAAAAUCAGAAAACAAAAGACAGAAGUUAGCAGGUGAUGUUCCUGAGGAAGUUUUCGCUAAAAUCGUCGCUGUUGUUACUGAAGAGCAUGAGAUGUUAGGACCAGAGCGUGGUUUGUACCCUGGGCAACAUAGCGCACGAGACGAGGCAGCUCGUUGUGAAGAGAAGCGAGGCGUCAUAGAAUUUCACGUCGUCGGAAACUCGCUGAGACGACAGCUCUCUCGAGAGAAUAUCAUGUGGUUGAUUGGCUUGAAAAACGUAUUUUCAUAUCAACUACCGCGAAUGCCGAAAGAAUAUAUCACGAGAUUGGUUUUUGAUCAGAAACACAAGACAUUGGCUUUGGUUAAAGACAACAGACCUAUUGGCGGCAUUUGCUUUCGUAUGUUUCCCACGCAAAAUUUUACGGAGAUUGUCUUCUGUGCCGUAAGCUCGAAUGAACAAGUUAAGGGAUACGGUACGCAUUUGAUGAAUCAUCUCAAGGACUAUCACAUUCAACAUGGAGUACUCAAUUUUUUAACUUAUGCAGAUGAGUUUGCCAUCGGCUACUUUAAGAAACAAGGAUUUUCUAAGGAGAUUACUUUGGCACGAAAUGUUUACCACGGUUAUAUAAAGGAAUAUGAAGGAGCAACACUGAUGCAUUGUAUCCUCAAUCCCAAGAUACAGUAUACAGAAUUUUCUUCUGUUAUAAAGAAACAAAAGGAGAUUGUUAAAAAACUUAUUCAAAAACGACAAGACGAAAUCAAGAAAAUCUAUCCUGGUUUGACGUGCUUUAAAGAAGGCGUUAGACAGAUUCCCGUUGAGAGUAUUCCUGGUGUGGACGAGACAGGCUGGAAACCACCGACUAAGACGAGGGCGGAUGAAACUGUUGAUUCUGAGAAACUUUCCGUUCAGUUGAAGAAUAUUUUGACACAAGUCAAGAACCACGCGAGUGCCUGGCCUUUCAUGAAAGCUGUAGAAGUUUCGGAAGCUCCUGAUUAUUACGAGUACAUCAAGUAUCCAAUGGACCUUAAAACGAUGACAGAUCGCCUCAAGGCCGGUUACUACAGCACUAAGAAACUCUUCGCAGCUGACAUGAUGAGGAUUUUUAGCAAUUGUCGAACGUACAAUGCUCCGGACACUGAGUACUAUCGCUGUGCUAAUACAAUGGAAAGAUAUUUCCUCAGUAAGAUUAAAGAAGUGGGAUGAACAAAACUAGAACGCCAAUCUUUCCCAGGGCGAUUAUAUCAAAUAUGAUGUAUAAAGAUUAUAUUAGAGAGACAUCGGUCCAAAUUACGUUCCUCGAAAGUCAUUUUCCUUAUCGUUGUUUUGCAAAGUUAUUUUCAAACCUAUUCACCUGCUUUUAGUAGAGUAUACUAGUUCAUAUACGAUUUUAUACGAAUUGCUAUAACACUCUAAUGUCUGGUUAUAUCGUAAUGGUAUAGUUUCACUGAGCAAAUAUGUAUUUUUAAUGAAAAAUUCCUUU